AUGGCCUGGAUUGCCGCUAUCAGAAGACCUAAUAUAACGUUCGAAAACACUCCACCUCACAUGUUAGUCUGCUCCAAGCAUUUCCACAACGGCAAACCAGCCUACGAAAUGCUGGAAUGCGAUCCAGACUGGGCACCCUCUCUCAAACUGGGCCACACAGAAGUUAAAGCUUCUACCACUGCUAGAUUUGAUCGGUUAAAACAGAGAUCGAAAUCAAAACAGCCACGAAAAGGCCCGCGUUCCUCUGGGGCAGAGACAGCUCAUGCAGGUGAAAUCCAUGCAGCACCAGUCACUACGGAAACUACAGCUGAGAGCCAACCACAGCAGAUAAAUCCAAAGCACGAGGAUGAAGAUCUGCAGGAGUGUAAAAUGUGUUCUCAAAGGUUACAAGAAAUAGCACACCUUCAAGAAGAAAACCUAGUGUUAAAAAAAGAACUGUCCAAAAAGAAAUUAGACAUGGAAUUCUUGAAAGACGAGAACUCUAAAGUUAAAUUCUACACAGGGCUCCCUUCUUUUGCUUUACUAAUGGGGGUGCUACAACAAAUCAGCCCGAGCUUGCCAGACACUGACAGGAAAAUUUCCCAGUUUCAGAUGCUCUUGCUAACUCUCAUGCGUUUAAGACUCAACCUUCCGAUUACACAUAUUGCACACCUCUUUGAUAUUAGCCGGACAACCACUUCCACUGUGUUUAACAUUACUGUAAAUGUGUUGUACGCUCACCUGAGUCCAUUGGUGCACUGGCCUGGAAGACAUUGCAUACAGGCCAGUAUGCCACACCAGUAUGUUGAGAUGUUUGGUGACCGGGUGACAGUUAUUAUUGACUGUUUUGAACUGUUCAUAGAGAGGGCACAAAAUUUACGUGCCAUGGCGGAGACAUAUUCAACAUACAAAAGUAGACACACAAUGAAAUAUCUCAUUGGGAUCACACCACAGGGGACCAUCUCUUUCAUUUCUAAAGGAUGGGGAGGGCGUACAAGUGAUAAACGAAUAGCGGAAACUUCUGGCUUUUUACAGAAGCUUUCACCCGGGGACAUAGUGCUCGCAGACCGGGGUUUUGAUAUCAGGGAAAGUGUUGCCUUAAUGGGUGCCACUUUAAAAAUUCCAGCAUUUACACGGGGUCGCAGUCAGCUACAAGCAAAAGAUGUGGAGGACACACGAAAACUGGCACAUGUCAUCCAUGUUGAACGUGUUGUAGGCUGUCUACGGUCCAAGUACACUAUCCUAAACAACACCAUCCGUCUAGGUUUUGUGGUGCCAUGCGAAGGUGAGAACAUGACUUUGCUGGAUAAGAUAGUUGCUGUAUCAUGUGCGCUCACAAACAUGUGCCCAAGUGUUGUUGUAAAGCAAGCAAGUGAUGAAUAACUGUUUUCCAAUUUGGUCUUGUUUUG